ACAUACUACUGGGCUGAGCUAUCUCAGAAGAAAGACACAGAUCAGAACUACUUGGCAGCAACGCAAAGGCAAAACAUUGUGUGUGAAACAUGCCUCAGCCUCACUCUUCUUAGGACCAAAUCACAUACUCCCUAAAACUCUCUCUCUCUCUCUCUCUCUCUCUCUCUCGCGUUUCGCUGCGUUUCGUCUUGUGAAAUCUUCAUAGGCAUGGCGUCACGGGACAACAAGAAGGCAUCGAGCAGCCGAGCAGGCAGAAUUCGCACUCUCGCCGAUCUGAACCGCCCGUCCGCUGAUUCCGACAGCGACUCUGAUGGCCCUCAGGAGUACUACACCGGCGGGGAGAAGAGUGGAAUGCUUGUCCAGGAUCCUUCAAAGGGAAAUGACGUGGAUGCAAUUUUCAAUCAAGCUAGGCAACUUGGUGCUGUCGAAAGGCCUCUUGAUCAGCUUCAGGAGCCCCCGAGGUCAACUAGCUUUGCUGGAACUGGCAGGUUACUCUCGGGGGAAACCGCACAGUCAACUACAAAUCAGCAACCCGAGUCUGUUGUUCACAACAUUGUUUUCUGGAGUAAUGGUUUCACUGUAAAUGAUGGACCUUUGAGGAGAUUGGACGAUCCUGAAAAUGCUUCUUUUUUAGAGAGCAUAAAGAAGUCUGAGUGUCCCAAAGAGCUUGAACCUGCUGAUAGGAGGUCAUCUGUUAAUGUUAACCUCAUAAGGAGGAAUGAGAAUUAUCCUGAACCCGAAAGGCAGCAUGUUCCAUUUCAGGGAGUGGGAAGAACUCUUGGAAGCAGCUCUACAUCUGUGCCAACUGCUUCCUCAACACCGCCGACCACUGCGCCAACUCCUUCUGCGGGCCUGGUUGUUGAUCAAUCACUGCCAUCGACCUCAAUACAAAUCAGGUUGGCUGAUGGAACCCGCUUGAUAUCACAUUUUAAUCAUCACCACGUCAUCAGUGACAUCCGUGCCUUCAUUGAUGCAUCUAGACCUGGUGGUCGGCAGAAUUAUCAACUUCAGAUAAUGGGUUUCCCCCCAAAGAUUCUAACUGAUGAAAGUCAGACCAUAGAACAGGCAGGACUGGCAAAUUCAGUUGUCAUACAGAAAUUCUAGCAGACUGCUUUUUCAUGGUAUUGUUGCUUACUGGUUAAAUGCUGCGUUGAAGGGGUACAAUUUUAUUGGGGCAUUAUAGAGAUGAGGUACUGUUAUUACCAUAAAAUCAAAAACAGAUAGGAAUAUUCCCCAAUGUUGGAGGACAUUUUCUUUCUGUUGCUCAAUGUUUACCAAGUUUGCUUUAGAACCAGUUGGAUGGCUUGGCUUGGCUUUGCUUUGAACCUAAUUCUAUAUGCUAUGAUUAUUCUGUUGUGUCCUCUUUCUAGCUGGGGCUAGUGACUAAAAUUUUAUAUUAUUGAAUACUUCACUGAAAUAUAGGAUAACCCUCGGUUACUCAAUUCAGUUUUUGAAAA